AUGCUAAAGUUCUACAUGUUCAGGACUGACAGGUGUCCUCUGAUUGCUCUGCAGGAGCUGAUCGACCUCAAGAUGCUUCAGUGCAAGAGAAUCAUCAAUGAAGUACUUGGGACAGUAGACUUUGUUGCCCCUGAUGACCGAGUGGUCUUCCGCACUUGUGAAAGAGAACAGAACAGGGUGGUCUUCCAGAUGGGAACAUCAGAUGCAGAGCGAGCCCUUGCUGUGGCCAGGCUUGUAGAAAAUGAUGUAGCUGGUAUUGAUGUCAACAUGGGCUGCCCAAAAGAAUAUUCCACCAAGGGUGGAAUGGGUGCUGCUCUGCUGUCAGAUCCUGACAAGAUUGAGAAGAUCCUCAGCACUCUUGUGAAAGGGACAUGCAGACCUGUGACCUGCAAAAUUCGCAUUCUGCCCUCGCUAGAAGAUACCCUGAACCUUGUCAAGCGGAUAGAGAGGACCGGUAUUGCUGCCAUUGCAGUUCAUGGGAGGAAGCGGGAGGAGCGGCCUCAGCAUCCUGUCAGCUGUGAUGUCAUCAAAGCCAUUGCUGAUGCCCUUUCUAUUCCUGUCAUAGCCAAUGGAGGAUCUCAUGACCACAUCCAACAGUAUUUGGACAUAGAGGACUUUCGACAAGCUACGGCAGCCUCUUCAGUGAUGGUGGCCCGAGCAGCCAUGUGGAAUCCAUCUAUUUUCCUCAAGGAGGGUCUACGGCCUCUGGAGGAGGUCAUGCAGAAGUACAUCAGAUACGCAGUGCAGUAUGACAACCACUACACCAAUACCAAGUACUGCUUAUGCCAGAUGCUGCGAGAACAGUUGGAGUCGCCCCAGGGAAAGUUGCUCCAUGCUGCCCAGUCUUCCCAGGAAAUUUGUGAGGCCUUUGGCCUUGGAGCCUUCUAUGAAGAGACCACACGGAGGUUGGAUGCCCUACGGGCCAGGCUCUUAGCUAGGAUGCCAGAUGAGGAGGGGGAACCAGCUGAAGAUGCCUCUGGUGUCAUUAAGAUGGCUGUCAGGUUUGACCGGAGAGCAUAUACACCCCAGAUCACCCCUAAGAUGUGCCUGCUGGAGUGGUGUCGGAAGGAGAAGUUGGCACAGCCUGUGUAUGAAACGGUUCAACGCCCUUUAGAUCGCCUAUUCUGCUCUGUUGUCACUGUUGCUAAGCAAAAGUACCAGUCCACCUUGUGGGACAAGUCCAAGAAACUGGCGGAGCAGGCUGCAGCUAUCGUCUGUCUGCGGAGUCAGGGUCUCCCUGAGGGUCGGCUGGGUGAGGAGAGCCCCUCCUUGCUCAAGCGCAAGAGGGAGGCCCCUGACCAAGACCCCGGGAGCCCUAGAGCUCAGGAGCCAGCACUGUCUGGGGAGCUGUGCAAGAAGCCUUUUGUGGCCUUGACAAGUGGUGAAGAGACCCCCCUGGAAAGCCGGUGACUACUGUGCCUGGCCUAAGUUCCCCUCCAUGGGCCUGGCCCUGAGGUGGUUAUGGGUGCCAGAUCAUGAAUGAGGACAAUGACACACCUUCACCCAUGGCUGGCUCAAUGACAUACUUCUCAUCUUCACCCAUGGCUGGCUGUUUCAGCCCUGGACAACUCAGGACAAUUUGCUGGACCGCCUGUCAGGAGUUAGAGGUCCUGCUUUGGGCUAUCAGCCUGGAACACGGACCGGGGGGUACCCAUCUC